ACUGACCUGGGCAGCCUCAAAGUUAGAAGGGGAGUGGCAGGGAGGCUUGGUACUUACUGUGCUAAGGGCCAGAGCUUUACACACGUAGUCUCUCAUUCCAACCUCUUGAUGGCUCUGUGAGGUAAUUUUAAAAUUCCAGGUGUACAAAAGAAAAAGGUGAGGUUCAGAUAGGUUCUUUAUUUUGCCCAGAGUCACACAGCUUGUGAGUGGUGGAGCCAGGACUGGACUCAGAAUCUGGCUCUCUGCUCUCUCUGCACCUCUCCUGAAUUGGGGCUGUUUUCUUUCUCACUACCACACAGAUGCCAUCGAAGAACUCGUGGCUAGGAAGGCCAUGACUUCUCUUUCGUGCACAUACUGUGCUUGCUUCCCCUACCCCUACCUUGCCCAGUAAGGCAUCAACAAACAUUCCUGCCUAGAGCCAACACCCACUUCUUGCUGCCACAUAUGGGGCUGGGAUGACAGGCAAGACAGAGCUGGUGAGGUGGAUCGCGCCGCUGCUAGGUGAUGGGGAGCGACUCUUCUGCCUGUGUCUUGCCUGGAAGGCGUUUUCCACUUCCGAACCCCAUUCUCGCUCCUCACUCCUCACCUCUCCCUCCUUCAGCUCAGGCCCCUAAGGGGGAGUCCCUUGCCACGGGCUGACAGCUCUUGGGGGCGCGGGGUCCCGGUUCUCUGCGCUCUCAUCCAAUUGUGCGCAGAGCCUCGUUCCUGGGCGCCUGGAGCCCGGCGGGCAUUGACGUCAAGCGGCGGCGGAGCGCUGCCUACAGACGGUUGACCCGGACCCUCCUCCACACCCCCUUCCUCCCUUGCCCCUUCCUUCUUCCCUUCACCCAGGCGCGGGCUCUCUAUAAAAGGCGGGAGCCCGAGGUGUCCCAGCGACGCGGUUUCAGCACCAUGGAGAGCCCCCGCCUGCGGCUGCUGCCCUUCCUGGGCGCCGCCCUGCUGCUGCUCUGUCUGCUGGGCACCCGUGCCCAGGAGGACGCCGAGCUCCAGCCCCGAGCCCUGGACGUCUACUCCGCCGUAGAGGAUGCCUCCCAUGAGAAGGAGCUGAUCGAAGCGCUACAGGAAGUCCUGAAGAAGCUCAAGAGUAAAAGUAUUCCCAUCUAUGGGAAGAAGUACGGCCAAGUCCCCAUGUGCGACGCCGGGGAGCGGUGCGCAGUGCGAAAAGGAGCGAGGAUCGGGAAGCUGUGUAACUGUCCCCGAGGAACCUCCUGCAAUUCGUUCCUACUGAAGUGCUUAUGAGGCUUCUGUCCUCCUCCAUAGAUCUCCACCCCUUCCCCACUCCUCCACUUUCCCUGAGAGGACCACACUGUCAUCCCUGGAGUUUGGUUUUAGCAACAAAGUUUGCAUUUCCCUGUGAGGUGAAGGGGUUCCUUUCCUGCUGUUUCCAAAUACAAAAACACAUUAGAUAUUACUGUGUGAAGGAUAAUGCCUUGUCUGGUGUUGAUACAUGUGCAAAAUAUUCUUUUCUUAUUUAUCUGACAAACACUUGUGUGUCUUUGUGUAAAGAAGGGGAAUUUCCACUUUGAAAAUUGUAUUUUUGUAUGUGGCAUGGCAAGAUGAAAAUUAGAUCUAGUUAAUAUUGGUAGAUGACAUCACAACUUGGAAAAUAACCCCAAGCAACACUAAGUGAAGCAUGUACAAAUUAUACAUAAUAAAGUGUUUUUACUUAUUGCUCAUAAUGUA